CUUCAGCCGCUGUGUUUACGUCGCGCUGACCGGGAGGCCGGAGCCGGGAAUGAGGAGCCCCGGGGAGGCGGGGGAGGACCGCGCAUGCCGGGGCGGUGGGGGACACGCACCUUCCUCCGCAUACCGUGCAUCUCACGGCCGCUGAACGUUCUCGCGGCACGCGCUCGCCCCCGGUCCCGGCGUUAGCCCGCUAGCACGCCGGGCUGCCCGCGGCCCGCUGAGGGCAGCGGCGCCUGGUUGCAUGGCGCGGGGGGAACUCGUCGACUGUUGUCCGGCUCUCUGCUGCUUCACUCCGCCCGCCUGUUAUUAAGAGAAUCGGGGUUUUGAGUCGCACGACGACCGCUUCUUCUCCUCUAAAACCCGAGCUAACGCGGCAGCAGCGCAGGCCUGGGAUGGAGCCGGGGGACCUGCGUGAGAGCCCCGCCGGGUCCGGGGAGUCGGAUGUCGGGGAGUGGAGGGAGGAGAUCUCCGGUGGCGGCGAGGAGCAGGUGAAAGCUACCGAAGCUACCGGGCCGGCGCCGCAGACAAGCGAGGAGAAGGAGCCAGCGAAGCCCGCCGGAGAGACCCUGCACAGCCCGUACGAGGAGGAGCUGGACCCCCGGAUUCAGGAGGAGUUGGAGCACCUGAACGAAGCCAGCGCAGAGAUCAACAGGCUGGAGCUGCAGCUGGAUGACGCUCGCUCCGGAUACAGGAAGAUCCUGACUGAAUCGGCCCGGAAGCUGAACGCUCAGAGCUCUCAGCUCGGCAGCUGCAUCGAGAAGGCCCGGCCCUACUACGAGUCCCGCCGGCUCGCCAAGGAGGCUCAGCAGGAGACGCAGAAGGCGGCCCUGAGCUACGAGCGCGCCGUGUCCAUGCACGCCGCCGCCCGGGAGAUGGUGUACGUGGCGGAGCAGGGCCUGAUGGCCGACGGCAAGAACACCCUGGACCCCACCUGGCAGGAGAUGCUCAACCACGCCACGGCCAAGGUGAACGAGGCGGAGCAGGAGCGUCUCCGCAGCGAGACGGAGCACCUCCGAGUGACUCACUGCUGCCAGGAGGCUGAAGCUCGAGUCCAGCUGCUGCAGAAGAGCCUGAGGAGGGUCAUCGUCAAGUCCAGACCCUACUUCGAGCUCAAGGCCCAGUUCAACCACAUCCUGGAGGACCAUAAGACCCGGGUCCUGCUCCUGGAGCAGCAGGUGUCCCGGGUCAAGACCCGGUACUCGGUGGCCCUGAGGAACCUGGAGCAGAUCAGCGAGCAGAUCCACGCCCAGAGGGGGCGGGGCUGCGGGGGGAGGAGCCCGCCGGUGGGCGCCGAGGCAGAGGCGGUGCUCCGGGAGGCGGGGGGCGGGGCCCGCGGGGGGGCGGAGCCGGAGCGGGCCGGCUCGGACUCGCUGUCCGUCUUCAGCCUGCAGACCAUCGCCUCCGACCUGGAGAAGUACGACUCGGUGGAGCACCUGGGGGACCUGGGGGACCUGAGCGACGUGGGCAGCGUGACGGGGGACGAGGGGGAGGCGGGGCCGGCGGGGGGGGCGGGGCCACGGGGGGGCGCCGCCCUCAGGGGGGACAGGCUGCCGGAGACCGCCGCCAAACAGCGCCAGCAGCAGUUCUCUAAGAGCCACCACCGCAGCUUCAGCCUGUGAGGCCCGGACCCCCACUGACCUGACCUCUGACCCCCCACUGACCUCUGACCCCCCACUGACCUCUGACCCCCCCCACUGACCUUUAACCCCCCUACUGACCUCUGAGCCCCCCCCACUGACCUUUAACCCCCCUACUGACCUCUGA